AUGGAAUGAAGAUAAGAAAGGAAGGAAAUUAUAUAAAAUACAGAAGUCAAUAUUUAGUAGAAAUGUUAAGGAGAGAAAUAGAAGGGAAGAAAUAAUAAUGACUAGAUUGAGAGUAGGGCACACAUAUUUAAAUGAUACUUUAUAUUUAAUAGGGAAGAAAAAUAAUGAUAAAUGCGAAAAAUGUGGAGAGAAAGAAAAUGUAGAACAUAUACUACUGAACUGUAAAACAUAUGAACGUGAAAGGGAGAAAUUGAGAAGAAUAGUUGGAAAGACAGAUCAAGAAUGGAGUCUGAAAGGAAUAUUGGGAAAUGAUGGAAAUAUAAUGGAUAUUUGUAUGAUAAGAAAAGCGUUAUUUAUUUUUCUUCAAAACACAAAAUUAAAAAAUAGAAUAUGACUGAUGUAGAAUACUGUUGCUACACACUCGUGUACAGUAGGUGGCGGUAUGCACCUUAAAGUUGAUUGCGACCCGCCAUAAUAGAAAAGAAGAAGAAGAAGAAGAAGUGCCCCGGCAUGUAAAUGGAGCAGACCCUCCAGUUCCUGCGUUCUUGGGGAUAAAAACGCUACACGGAUCUGCAAAUCUGGCUGAUUUCAGCGAAUAACCGCUUAUAUUCGGUUGUAUUCUUAAUAACAGCUCUGGUCCCAUCAUGUCGGGCGGUCCGGCCGUCAGGAUCAGCAUCGAGUCUUCCUGUGAGAAGCAGGUGCAGGAAGUGGACUUCCACGGCACGGAGACGUACGUCCCUCCUCUGUCCAUGUCCCAGAACCUGACCAAGCUGGCACAGAGGAUCGACUUCAGCCAGGGCUCCGACUCGGAGGAGGACGGGGCCGACGGGGAGCCCAGGGACCGGGAGUGGGGCAAGCAGGAGACGGAGGAAGAGGAAGGCACGGUGAAGUUCCAGCCGUCUCUGUGGCCCUGGGAUUCUGUGCGUAACAAUCUGCGCAGCGCCCUGACGGAGAUGUGUGUGCUCCACGACGUGCUCAGCGUGGUGAAGGAGAAGAAGUACAUGGCUUUGGAUCCGGUGUCUCAGGAUCCGAAUGCUGGAAAAACGCCGCAGGUUUUCCAGCUGAUCAGCAAAAAGAAAUCUCUGGCCACGGCGGCGCAGCUCCUCCUGAAAGGAGCCGAGAAGCUCAGCAAGUCCGUGGCCGAGAACCAGGAGAACCGACGGCAACGCGACUUCAACGCCGAGCUGCUGCGACUCCGAUCGCAGUGGAAACUCCGAAAAGUCGGAGACAAGAUCCUGGGAGACCUCAGCUACCGGAGCGCAGGUUCCUUAUUUCCUCACCCUGGCACGUUUGAGGUGAUCAAAAACACCGACAUUGAUCUGGACAAAAAGCUCCCAGAGGACUACUGUCCCCUGGACGUCCAGAUUCCCAGUGACCUGGAGGGAUCGGCUUACAUCAAGGUCUCCAUCCAGAAACAGGCUCCAGACAUCGGUGACCUCGGAACCGUCAACCUCUUCAGGAGACCUCAGAAAAGCAAAGCAGGAACGCAGCCGUGGCACGUGAAGCUGGAGGCGGCGCAGAACGUCCUGCUCUGCAAGGAAAUCUUUGCGCAGCUUUCCAGAGAAGCGGUCCAGAUUAAAGCGCAGAUCCCGCACAUCGUGGUGAAGAACCAGAUCAUCUCGCAGCCGUUCCCAGGUUUGCAGCUUUCCGUCUCUCUGUGCCACUCCGCUGGAGAGAAGAAGAGCAGCCGAGCGUCUCCGGAGAAACCCAAACCGGACGACCAUCUUUACGUCCUGGAGCACAAUCUGCACCAGAUGAUGAGAGAGUUCCACAAGCAGCAGCUGAGCUCGGUGGUGAUGCCGCAUCCGGCCAGCGCGCCGUUCGGCCACAAGCGUCUGCGGCUGGCGGGGCCGAUGGCGUACGACAAGGCCGAGAUCUCCGGCCUGCAGCAGAACGAGGGGCUGCUGGAGAAGAUCAUCAAACAGGCCAAACACAUCUUCCUGCGCAGCAGGACGGCUCGGACCAUCGACAGCCUGGCCAGCCGCAUCGAGGACCCUCAGAUCCAGGCCCACUGGUCCAACAUCAACGACGUUUACGAGUCCAGCGUCAAGGUGCUCAUCACUUCGCACGGCUACGAGCAAAUCUGCAAGUCCAUCCAGCUGCAGCUGAACAUCGGCGUGGAGCAGAUCCGCGUGGUGCACCGGGACGGCCGGGUCGUCACGCUGUCGCACCAGGAGCAGGAGCUGCAGGACUUCCUCCUCUCUCAGAUGUCGCAGCACCAGGUGCACGCCGUGCAGCAGCUGGCCAAGGUGAUGGGCUGGCACGUCCUGAGCUUCAGCAACCACGUGGGGCUGGGCCCCGUGGAGAGCAUCGGGAACGCCUCCGCCAUCACCGUCGCUUCCCCCAGCGGAGAGUUCGCCAUCUCAGUGCGUAACGGCCCAGAGAGCGGCUGCAAGGUUCUGGUCCAGUUCCCGCGCAGCCAGAUCAAAGAGCUGCCAAAGAGCGACGUGGUCCAGGACGCCAAGUGGAACCAGCUGCGCGGGCCGCACAAAGAGGUCAACUGGAGCAAGAUGGAGGGACGCAACUUCGUCUACAAGAUGGAGCUCCUCAUGGCGGCGCUCACCCCCUGUCCUUAGGCCCGGCUGGCGGUUUUCCUUCCACUCAACCUUCAGCUGUGCAGCCAGACGGCAGCUCUCGCUCAGCUGAAUCGGAUUUAUGUCGGACUUGAAUGAAAAGCGAAGACUUUUGUUUACUGCUGAUUUUUAAAACAACAAACUGCAUAAAAACUAAGUAUUUUUCUAUAGUUUCUAGUGCUUGAAAUAUCUUUUAUGUAAUUUUAUUUUCAGAUGAUUGUAGAGACAAAAAACUAACUUACAAGUAACUUUUCAGCUUGGUGAUAAUUAAGGUCAAUAAUUCCUUAAUAUUGAUUUUAUUAUUUCCACUGGCAGAUUGUUUCACUCAUAAGUCAUUUUCUGAUGCUUUAGUGAUGUAAAGUGGAUUCAGAUAUUUACACUAGAAAAAUUACUUGAUAAGUUUUAAGUGCAACUAAAAAAAGGAACCAGACAAACAGACAUGAUAUCUACAAUCAUCUAAAAAUAAAAUUCAAUAUGGAGGUUUUGUUUCAUUUCAAGUGUUUUAUCUGCAGCAGGAUUUAGAGUAAAAUACUUUUCUGCAGUGUGA